GCGCGCCUAACCAGUCCGUAAGCGGCACCUAGAGUCCGAGGCCCGCGCCCUUUAGUUGUACGUUCCUGUCGCGCGCUCUCCCCGGAAGUGUUCAAAACCUCCACCAGAGAAUCAACCUUGGUCCUUGGUCGCACCGUGGACUCAGGGCGACCAUCUCCGAUACUGAGUGAAUCCUUGGCACAGGAAAGUCAAAGAGGAGAAAACUGGGGUUCCUGAUAAAGGAGAGUGUACCAAAAGCAAUACGGAGUGGUCCUGUUGCUAGCUGGAGAAAGGGUAACCCCAUCUUGUAGGUGAGGAUGAAGUCCUCGCUGGUGCUGCUUCUGGUAGCAGCAUUUGCGCUUGCCGAGGGCGUAUCGCGUGUCAAGCGUCAGGAAGACAGUACAAAGAAGGAGGAGAGCUUUGAGAGCGAGAUCUGCAAGGACAAGGACGCCGGAGAAUGGUUUCGUCUUGUAGCCGGUGAGGGUGACAACUGUAGGGACGUCAUCCAAUGCACCAGCUCAGGUCUGCAAGCCAUCCGAUGUCCUGCUGGUCUUUAUUUCGAUAUUGAGAAGCAGACCUGCGACUGGAAAGAUGCCGUCGACAAUUGUAAACUGAAGAACAAGGAGCGCAAGGCCAAGCCACUCCUUUACACCGAUGAGCCUCUCUGUCAGGAUGGCUUCCUUGCCUGCGGUGAUGGGAACUGCAUCGAGCGCGGCCUUUUCUGCAAUGGCGAGAAGGACUGUGGUGACGGAUCUGAUGAAAACACUUGUGACAUGGACAAUGAUCCCAACAGAGCUCCUCCCUGCGACCCAGUAGUCUGCGUUCUGCCUGACUGUUUCUGCUCUGAAGAUGGUACCACGGUACCCGGUGACUUGCCAUCCAAGGACGUUCCUCAGAUGAUUACCAUAACCUUUGACGAUGCUAUCAACAACAAUAACAUUAAUCUCUACAAGGAAAUGUUCAAUGGAAAGCGCAAAAAUCCUAACGGUUGUGACAUCAAGGCCACCUUCUUCGUGUCCCACAAGUACACGAAUUAUUCAGCCGUCCAGGAAAUGCACCGCAAGGGUCACGAGAUAGCCGUGCACUCAAUCUCGCAUAAUGAUGACGAACGCUUCUGGUCUGAUGCUACGGUCGAUGACUGGGCCAAAGAAAUGGCCGGCAUGAGAAUCAUCGCCGAGAAGUAUGCCAACCUGACUGAUAACAGUGUCGUGGGUGUCCGUGCUCCUUAUCUUCGAGUCGGUGGUAACAAUCAGUUCACCAUGAUGGAGGAACAAGCCUUCCUCUACGAUUCCACCAUCACUGCCGCCCUGAGCAAUCCACCCCUAUGGCCGUACACCAUGUACUUCAGGAUGCCACACCGUUGUCACGGUAACCUGCAACAUUGCCCAACCAGAUCCCACGCCGUUUGGGAGAUGGUAAUGAACGAGCUUGACAGAAGAGAGGAUCCCCAGAACGACGAAUAUCUACCAGGUUGCGCUAUGGUCGACUCCUGCAGCAACAUCCUAACAGGUGACCAAUUCUACAACUUCCUGAACCACAACUUCGACCGCCAUUACGAGCAGAAUCGCGCCCCUCUUGGCCUCUACUUCCACGCCGCAUGGCUUAAGAACAAUCCCGAGUUCCUGGACGCAUUCCUCUACUGGAUCGACGAGGUCCUGUCGAAUCACAACGACGUCUACUUCGUGACGAUGACUCAGGUCAUCCAGUGGAUCCAAAAUCCACGCACCGUAACCGAAUCAAAGAACUUCGAGCCCUGGAGGGAGAAGUGCGUCGUCGACGGACCCCCAGCAUGUUGGGUUCCGCACAGCUGCAAGCUUACUUCGAAAGAGGUUCCCGGGGAGACGAUUAAUCUCCAGACCUGUGUCCGUUGUCCCAACAAUUACCCAUGGGUCAAUGAUCCCACCGGAGAUGGCUUCUUCUAGGCCCUUAAUACAUCUGACCAAGUCACCCUCCACCCUCCUUACUUCGAAAUGAAAUCAUCUAAGAUAAAAAAACAUCAUAUACAUAAAGUCAUCCUCGUCGACUUCCCUUUUAACGUCCAACGUGACUCGCGUGGCCUAUCUCAUAAAUUUAUAUCGCACGAGUACCGAAGUGACUAGUACCUGAAGUACCACUCAACUGCGCACUGCCAUAAUUAUCCAGACCCUAAUAAUAUAUUCAAUCCGGCCACGUAGAUGACUAUCAUUGGAAUUCCUUAGUUCCAAUGCAUCGCCAUUGAAAGCCUGAUUCGUUUAUGGCCCGUACGGUGCGCCAUCGACCUCUUGACACAUGGAAAACCAAUUCCAGAACCGACUCGACUUUCGAGUGGCUCUUUAUGUAUUUGAAAGUGAACCAACCACGUAUGUACAGUUGUUCGUCAACGAUGGCCUUGGAGUGGGGAUGCAGACCGAUCGGUGCUUGGCAAUGAUUCCCACUCCUAGGUAUCGUUCACGCUCCAUUGUACCAAUACGCUCAAUACGAUCACAUGCACAUUUCUGCAACGUAUGAAAAUACGCAGAUGCGUGACCAGUGUGAGCAACGUAUGAGCACACACGAGGAAAGUUAUAUGCUAUUACACUUUCAAUAUACACACGCACGUGGGAUUUAUCAGAGUGAUGGUAUAGAGAGGAGAAAUUUAUAACAAAAUAUAUAUAUAUACAUAUACAUAUAUACAAACGUACAUCCAUACACGUACACAUCCACACACGCACUUACAUAUUACCCUAUCACUGAGGAUGAUGACGAUUGGCUGUGAACGGCUACCAAGUGUAUAUGCUAUUUUUUUAUUCUCCACGUCUUAGGUGCUUUCAUUUGAAAUCAAAGUGACUUAAGCACAUACACGUUUAUACUUAAACGCGCGAGAUGGCGGACUUCGCGCGGCGGAGAAGUCUGCAAGUGAGACUCGACAUGUAAUAUAGACACGACUCCCUUUAUGUUCCUGUUACUCCUUUCUAUACCAUCCUUAUUAUAUUCCUUCUUCACAUGACGAUGAUGCAAUGGAGCACGUGUGAUAUACUUAUUCCUUAAUUCCUUGUUUUCCCUGUAUCCAUCAUCCUUUCAUUCUUCUUGCCUCUUCACCUGUGUAUUGUUCCCUUCAGCAACCGCCAAAACUCCCCGGAACACCCUUUUUUUUUUAAGGGUUGACCAACCAAA